ACUUGUCUUGUAGGAAGGAAUAUUGAUAGAUAGAUGUAUCAUGGAGGCCUAUCUAAAUCAGCCCCUCAUGAUAUGCAAUGUAGGUGAUGUGGUUUCUGGCGGUGUUGUGGACGGGUCAUUUGGAGUUGGUCCAUGCUCGAGAUCCAACACCCUGCGCUCGUCUCUGAUCGGAUGCGUCCAUGCCCGAUGCAACACAUGUGGUGCUCGUUCGUAUGAGCCGUCUGUCUUGGGCACCCUGGCCAUGCCUACCUCACUCGUCCACUCUAUCUAUGCACAGACAAGAGCACACCUGGGCACCAGUCAUCAUAUUACUAAACCACAGUAUAGAAGCAAAGUGGAUCUCAAUCUGGACUGUAUCGAGCUACACAACCCAUACGAGCCAGCUGGCAAAUCCAAUUCCAAGGUGGAUUUGUUCAGGGUUCGGUGGCUGAUGUUGUUCCUGUAAGCGGAAUUAAAGACAUGUGUUGGCUGAUGCAGUUCAUGUUUAACUUGCUGGCAAAGCACCGGCCAAUACAUUGUUGGAAGACUUUUGGGAUGUGAAAAAUGAGAGAGAGGAGAGCGCGCUAAUGCUCCGCUGCCACUGGUUGCUGCUGCUGCUGAUCUCUCUGGGGAGAGAUGGUCUUUUAAAUGAGAAUUUGAGCUAGGGUUGUGCAUGCAUUUAUUCAACGCGUUAUGCUGCCAAAAUUUCUGGUCGAAAUUCCCACGACUUGUCGAAAUUUUGUCCUUCUUUGUAAGGAAACAAAACGUUUAGGGUGUCGGAUGCAAAAUGUUAGGGUCUUGGCUGCAAGAUUUUGUAAUUUGUGAGGAUGUAAACAGAAAUUAAUUUUAACAUUUGUUCCGAAUUCCGAAAAAUAUUAGUACUUCGAUGUUUGUUCACUUA